CGACAGUAGGUGACUGAAGUGGCGGUUUUGCGUCAAGUGGUCUUGCUGCGAUAGUUUUGACUCGACGUCCUUGUACUAGUAAUCGGUCGAAGCUUUCGUAGAUUGGCUCGAAAGGGUGUCUUACAUCUUAAAAGCCCGUUUUAUAUUUUCGGGUACUUGGUACGGAUCGCGGUGAUUUUGUAAUCAGUGAAGUGGUUUCCUUAAGCAUUUACGAUUGUUCAUUCUCAUCCUGGGGUGAAUUCGGACGAUUGCAUUUUUGACAUUUCUGGUAUUGGAAAAGUGGAAGAAUUUUGAGACUUUUGAGAAGAUUUGAUUGCAGUACACGUUGUUUUGAAGAAGCUGAUCAAGAGUGUGGUGUACAUGGGAACAUUCCAACCGACAACUUCAAUUGGGGACGCAUGCGUCUGACGAGUUUUACAUUUCUGUUACAUCAUUUGGAUUGACUGAGGAGCGAGUGCUUUGUUCUGGGUGCCAUUUCCCCGACAAGUGGUAGCAACCUCAUCACUACUCCUUUACUACACAGUUCUCAGUUACCCCUCAUGAUCUCUUCGUUCUGAAGCCAUCCUCUGAACUCCCCCGCAUCCCGAAAAGGAGUGUUCCACUUUACGUAUCUCAUGCGGUGAUAUAUUUACUGGGCGGCUGAGAUUUAAAAGGAAUUGAUGUGCGGUACGAAAAAGUCGUCCUUUUUGGUGAUCCUGACUUGUUCAGUGCUACUAGUUUUUUCAUCUGUCGCUUGAACGUUGUCCAGCCUGUAAUCAUUCAUCGUGUCGUUCGUGCUAUAUGUCCGGUCUCUGCGUUCUGUUAUCCUCUCUUCAGGCAUCGAGUCGUCCUUUAACAAAUGACUUGGACGGCAUUAACUGAAUUUGACUGACGACAACACAACGUCGACAUCGACGACGAGGACAACUUUUGCUGAUCCACUGAGUGCGUGUAGAGUAUAGGUACCGUUAUUCGCCCGCCAUUCGCCACCAUCCGCCAUACAAGUGCAGACAUUCGGAAGUGACUUAACAAGGAUCACAUCUUAAGCUCAAGGUAUUUGCAGGAUUUAUCCGGGGCCAUACCUUUUGCUGCUGCUACUAUUGCUGCCGAGUCUGGCAUUACACAUUUUUAUUUAUACGAUUUUUUUGGUGAAUGAACGAACGAAUGAACUACUUCCCACGGUGAUUUCGGGAGUCUUGGUGAUGACGACUUUUGAAUUGUGUCUGGAUUGUUUUUCAGAGUCAGCUGAAAAAGUUUUGGUUUAGUGAACAAUUUUGUAACUAUUAAUGCUGAAGAUCCAAGAAUAUUGAAUGAUUUUUUUCGCAUGAUUGUGCUAUAAGGUGUCUAUAGAAGAAACAAAGAAAAUCUUCCGAGCAGAGUGAAUUCAAGUGACUGGUGCAAUAAAUCCGUGAUAUUUGCUGGUGGAGCUGAGGGGAGAGGCUGUGGAAUAUUUGCACUGUUGUAGUUUGAUACAUACAAACAACAAAUUUUUUGCUGGUGAAAAGUUUAAAAUAACCGCCUCAAAACGACGUUCCUGCAGCAUUUCAAAGACGUCGUUUCGACAAAAUUCCAAACAAAACAACAAAAUUUCUCAACCAUAUUUCCAUCAUACAUAAAUAUGGAACGUGGUGGAUUAGAGAGCAUGUCGGAUUCGACCGGCCUCUGUUUACAGGAUUUAGUUAAUGGAGGAGGUGGCGGCGGAGGCGGUGGAGGUGGAGGUGGUGGUGGAAGUUCCGGAGGUGGAAAUGGUAGUGCCAGUACAAAUGGGAACGGUGAACAUUUACACAAUCAUCACAAUCUUCAUGAUACGGUCGCGACAAGUGUUUCACCCACCAUUACAGGACUCAUGCCGGUCGUAACGGGCGGCAGCGGAUUGAAUCACUUGCACCAUAGUACACAUGACAUUAGCAAUCAUCAUCAUCACCAUCAUCAUCAUCAUGGGAUUGUGCCGCCACAUGAACCGCUCGAAAAGUUAAAAAGUUUUCUAUUUUCAGUGUGGGCUGAAACUGGUGAUUUUCGUGAUACAACGCAUAGUUCUAUGACAGCUGUAGCAAAUAGUCUGGAUCAUACACAGUUGGGAUUUCAGUCAUCUUCAAUACGAAGUCGGAGUAGAGAUCGAAAAAAUGAUGGUACUCGAUCAAUAAAUGAAACCACAAUAAAAACAGAAAAUGCAUCAAGUCUGGGGGGACACGACGAAACAAUUGUGUCAACGGACGAUUCAAAGAAUGAUAAGAAAACAAAGCGACAGCGACGUCAAAGAACACACUUCACAUCGCAACAAUUACAGGAGUUAGAACAUACAUUUAGUCGAAAUAGGUAUCCUGAUAUGUCGACGAGGGAAGAGAUUGCUAUGUGGACGAAUCUAACGGAAGCACGUGUUAGGGUGUGGUUCAAAAAUCGUCGAGCAAAGUGGCGUAAACGCGAGCGUAAUGCAAUGAACGCAGCCGUCGCAGCAGCCGAUUUCAAAACAGGAUUUGGUACACAAUUCAUGCAGCCCUUCGCCGACGAAUCCCUAUACACUUCCUAUUCGCCGUACAAUAACUGGACAAAAGUUCCUUCACCGUUAGGUACAAAGCCGUUCCCGUGGCCUGUGAAUCCUCUAGUUUCAACGAACCACCAUCAAAACUCAGUGAAUUGUUUCAACACAUCAGCUUCGGGUGUAGCGGUAAGCAUGAAUUCAGGGACAAUGUUACCAGGUGGAAUGGGCUCAACCCUUGCAACUGGAGGAACAGGAGCAGGUGUUUCAGCUCCACCAUGCCCAUACACAACUCCAACCUACAAUAGUGUUAUGUACCAUCCGCGCGCGGCAGCUGAACCUUGUACAGCGAUGUCAUCCAGUAUUGCUACACUUCGACUGAAAGCGAAACAACAUACGUCCGGCUUCGCUAGUCCAUAUUCUGCCUCCUCGCCAGUGUCAAGGUCAAACUCAGCCGGCUUAUCGGCAUGUCAGUAUGCUGGCGUAACGGAUGCAGUCUGAGAAAACGCCCUUGGGGCAUUGCUUAGCCACCACCAACAUCAGCUCCACAACAAUCAUAUCAACCACAAUAACAACAAUAAUAACGUGAAGGUAACGCCGGGUAGUGAUGAUGAUGCACUAAUGGGUCCUAGUACGGAUACAGAUGACGUAGAGGAAAUACGAGACUGAGAGUUCAGGAAAGGGAUGCUCGGUGGCACGGGAUCCUUUUCUAAUGUGUUUUGAGCCAUAAACCAUAUUUCAUUUCUAUCAGAUAAUUGACAAGCAUUGCCUAUCAGAGCUAUAAUCAUCCAUUCAUCACAUGCCAAAUUUUGGGGGUUACUUAUUUUUCACGAAUUAUCGUUAUCUCUAGAAACGCCUCUAUUUUCCUCUGAUUGGUAGAAGAUAAAAAUGUUAGUAUCUUUACUGUCUGUAACCAAGGGAGCGGUGUAAAUUGCAAGUUAAUUUAUCUAUUAUACGCAUUGCGUCUUAUUUUGAAUUCAAAUUGCUAUGACAAAGCGGAUCCUCAGCAAUGAGAUCACAAUUAACCGAAAGAAAGCCUGCCAAAGGAUACACUUGCCUUGGUUCAAGCAUAAUACAUGUCUUGUAUUUUCGGAACCUUUUAAUCUUCAGACAAUCCUCACGAUUGAAGAGUAAACAGCUCCAUUCUGUGACCGACACCAGCGUCUUUUGAUAUGAAUUCAAGCCAGCACUGAAGACAUGCCAAUAGAAGAAGGCGCCCACUCCUUAUCGCUAUCAGCUAUCACCUUCUCCUGGUCAUCCAUUAUGUUAAUUUACACUGCUUAUAACGGGUAUAGUGUAAUCUAGAACAUAAGCGUGUAGAUAAUAUGCCAAACAUUAUGAUAAUAAGACAGAAUGUUCCGCAUUUGAAUGCCGUAAAAUGCUUUCAGUUUGUCUGUUAUAUGACGCUUCAAAGCACCGCCACCGUCAAUGUUUGGGGAGUUCAUUAUGGCGCCAAGAUAAUUCAUCAAAAUUAAGACGCCAACAGUUAUACUGGGGUUAAGUGUUUGUGAAAAAAUUUCCAAGUUUUAUUGGGUCAAAUGUAGUCUGCUUUCUAUUUAGAAUUUUAUAUUGUUAUUUGUUUGCUGAACUAAAUAGCGUCAAACAUAAACGUGGUAAUCGCAUUCAUCAUCGCUGCAACAAUAUGCUUAUUUGGAAAGUAACGAAACUGCUGGCAAAUUGCUCUGGCUGAUACUUUCGACUCCUAUUGUAGUGAUCUAUUUGCUGGCACUAAUCCUGUUUUUCAAAAUCGAUUCCAUUUUUUUUUUUUCUUUUUAAUGUCAAGCUCAAAACGCUUCUGUUAUAACCAGUCAGCACAACUUUCAAAGACUCGCUCCCGCAAAAAACAAACUAGAACUCAUUCCCAUCAACUCACCAUUGUGCAAUCUAUCGUGAAUAAAAAUAUUUAAAAAUUUAAGAAAUAAAUUUGGGUAAUUGAUUAGCUUUUAGCUAAAUGUGUAAAUAUUUGUUCAAAUCACCGUCUUAAGACGGCAUUUAAUGUAAUAAUUAGACUAAUAUUAACUAAAAAGGAAACCUUUCAAAAUCCAGUGAAUUGGAGAGGAAUAAAAGAGAAUCCAUGUUGCAUACAGAAAGUAUUUUGUAAAUUUACCAAUUUAAAGUAAUUGAUAGGAAUUCAAUAUGAGAUAUGUUUAAUAAAUAAGAAAAGAUAAAUAAAAUCCACUUUAAAAACAACUAAAAAUAAAAUAAAGACACAAAUUAAAGGAAUGAAAAUCAUAUUUAGAAAGUAAAACUUAAAAAAUCCAUAAAAAUGAAUCCGAAUAAACAAUAAAUAAUCUUCUGGUUGAAUGUACUUGAUGUAGAUUUACGACGCAGAUUUGUAAUUUAAUAUUUUUGUUUACAUGCAUAAAUCCAAUGGAUCUGUUGGACAGAUUUAGUUUGCUAAUUUGGAAAAUAAUGUGAAAACUAUCUACUAACUGCAUAUCUUUAAAGACAGAACACAUAUUCCAAAACACAAGUCCUAGUACACUCCUACAUGUAGUUGCCAAAGCCUAAUCGUACUUUAAAACGUAAAACGUACUGAAAAAUUUCCGAAAUUUCUAAUUGGAGUUAAAUACGACAAUUAAAAAUAAAAAGCAAAAUUUCAACACCAUCAUUUUUACGUUAACAGUUUAUUAUUAUCUUUUUUGUUUUAUUUCCAAAUAGCUUACACUUAAGUAAUCUUUAUGAUUCAAAAUAGGAUUAAGUGCCAAAUUACUGUAAAAAAGCAAAAAAUAAGUCGAAAAUUAGUAGAAUAAGCUCGAACUUUAUAAAGGAAAGAAGAAUUGAUUACAAAAUGUUUACAUGUAUUCAAAGCAGCUGUAGAGUGAAAAUAAAACUUUUUUUUUUGUGAAAAAGCAAGAAAUCAUAGAAAACUUCAAUUGUAAGAAAUACCAGAGUUGUCUAGUCUGAUAAUAAUGAAAAAAUAAAAUAUAAAUUAUAAAAGGGAA